AUGGCUGUUAUCUCCUACUUUCUGCUAUUCUUCUUGGUUUCAUCCUCUUCUGUCUUCUCCGAUGGCGAUCCCGGUCACAAACCCGGGAAUCUGGCGAUCCGCGUUGAGGAAUCAAGCGAGUCCCCAACUUAUCUAGCAAUUCGAUUCUUGAACCUGGGCGCCCAAACAGAAAUCGUUGCCGUCGAUGUGACACAGGUCGGGUCGCCGAACUGGAACUUUAUGAACCGGAAAAACGAGGCAAUUUGGGAAACGAACAGUGUUCCAAGCGGGCCGCUGCAGUUCCGUGUGGUGGUUACGGCGGGGCUGGAGGGGAAGUGGUACUUGGCUAGUAAGGUAAUGCCGGAGGAUUGGAGAAAUGGAGAGAUUUACGAUACUGGCCUUCAUAUCACAGACACUUCAAUCAUGGACACUGCUGGAGAACUGUGA